AUGGACAAGAUAUCUAACAAACGUAUUUGUCUCUAUACCUGCGGAAUCAUAAUUACACCAUUGGUUAUAUGGCAGUUAUUUCUCACUAUUCGUUCUCUUUAUGAGCUUUAUGCUGGUGUACCAAUAGUCUUUUCGAUUCAAAAAUAUCCAAAUACAACAAGGCGUAUUUAUCCAAUACCUCCAGUUUGUCAUCAGAUGUGGAAAACCAAUGAUUUAUCCACUUAUCCUAUUGCACCUUCGCAUGAGACCUGGAAGAAGAUGUAUCCAACAUGGACAGUCAAACUAUGGACUGAUAAAGAUAUUUCAAAACUGGUUUACGAGAAUUAUCCCUCGUUAUGGGCAACAUACACAAGUUAUUCCUAUCAAAUACAGCGAGCUGAUUUAGCACGAUUGAUUAUUUUACAUAGUGAGGGUGGAAUUUAUGUGGAUUUAGACGUAUUUCCAAAUAGAUUAUCGUUGGAUGCGCUUCGAAAAAAUGAUUUUGUUAUUCCAGUAUCGUCCACAGAAUUAUCAUUGAUCAAUCAUUUUAUCAUGUCUGAACGUCAAUCUCCAAUUCUUAAUUAUAUGUUAGAAAAUGUUUCAAAAUACAAUUCUUAUAUUAUUAUUCCAUAUCUUAAUGUUUUUUGGACAGGAUCAAUAUUUUUAACAAAAAUGAUAAGAGAUUAUAUUUCAUUGAAGAAAGAUACAAAUGGAUUGGCCAUUUUGAGUUCUAAACAAGUGAAAUAUUAUAUUAAGCAUUUUCCUGGAAGAUCAUGGCAUUCACUUGAUGGAUAUAUACUUAACAAAAUUGAAUCGAAUAGAAAAUUUUCCGGGGUUGUUACUCUGCUAAUAAUGUUAUGUAUGUUAUACGUUUACAAAAUAAUAAAACGACACCGAUAA